AUGACAGGGCCACAGAUGCCCAAAGGAGCUCACUAUUCCAGGCCUCCUCCACAGAGCAACAAGAGCACCACACAGGAAUGUCCCUGCUUGAAGAACCAUUUUGUGUUCGCUGUGCUCAGAGAGCCUGAGUGCUUGGGAGCAGUGGCCCUGUGCUCUAUGGGCUUUGCUGGUGCCAAAGGAAACAAAGGAGAUAUCGGAGAACAAGGAUAUAGGGGUUAUCCAGGAGCCCCCGGAGAGACCGGAGAAGAUGGGCCAAAGGGCAAUGAAGGAUCUCCAGGAAUACCAGGCAGUGAUGGCAUUCCAGGAAGGGAUGGUCCUCUAGGAAUACCAGGAUUAGAAGGCGAGAUUGGACUCAUGGGACCAAAGGGAGAUAAAGGCGAGCGAGGUCCAAGAGGCCCACCUGGAAGGCCAGGUUCCAUGGGCGCCAAAGGUGAAAUGGGGGAUCCUGGCCUACCAGGUAACCCUGGCCCUAAGGGAAUAAAAGGCCAAAAGGGGGCUCAAGGUGAGACUGGAGAUGACGGCCCAAAGGGUGAUGUGGGAAGAAAAGGAAGCCGUGGGGAUGCUGGACCCCAGGGUGAUGAUGGAGACAGAGGAGACAAAGGACAACAAGGAGAACGUGGCUUUCCUGGCCCUGCUGGUCCAAAGGGACAAAGAGGUGUCCCUGGAUUACCUGGUCCAAGAGGCUUCCCUGGCCCCACUGGAGAGGAUGGAGCAACUGGGCCCCCUGGAUCUCCAGGGUCUCGGGGACCUGAAGGUCCAGGGCUGCCUGAGGAGCAGGUGUAUGAACUGUGUCGUAAUAUACAAAUGUGCCAGCGCCUGUCCUACUGCUAA